UGGCGCCGCGCGGGAGGGCACCGCGCGGGUCUGGGCGCAGCACCAAGGCCCUGCGCAUGGAGGCGGCGGCUCGCCUGCGGGCGCGGACGUUGCCUGCCAAGGCCCAGCUGCGGUUGAUGGAGAGGCCCUCGGGGGUCAGCCCUGUGUACUGCCGUGCCCAGCAUCUCCACCAGGCCUGCUGCUGAGGAGCCCCUGCUCUGGCCCUGACCGUUGCCCCCGCCCUCCCAUGGCCCGUGCUGCCAGGCCUGGGGCCCUCGCUGCCGCCUGAGCCCCCUGCCCCCCUCCAGGAUCCGCCGUGCCCCGAUGGGGUAACGUGACCGAGGCCUCGAACACCAGAGGCCGCACCUGCCACAGCUGCUGCCUGCCACCCCCCCCCCUCCCCCCGGGGGCUGCUGGAGUUGGUUCAGUUCAAGUUCAUUGACCUUUGGUCCUUGGGAGUUUGGGCCACCUUUGAGUGAGCGGGGCUCUUCACCACCCACGGAUGCAGAGAGUGUCCCCCGCCAGACACUGCCCACAGCCAGACUCACUGUGGGUUUUCAUAGUUGGUUGAGUUUUUUGGUGGUCAGUAUUUUUGCCCACUUAUAAUUAUCCAGCUCCGAGACUCAGGAGUUUGGAGUUGCCUAUUUUACUUUGGGGGGCUGUUUUUAUUCCUCUUCUUUAUUUUUAAGGGUCAGGCUUUCUUUCUUUUUUAAUUAUCCAGGUACUGGGCAGCUUCCUCCCCCUCCCAAGUAUUUGCACAAUAUUUGUGCGGGGUGGGGUUUUUUUUUAAAGAAAUCCUUUCUUUCUCUCAGAUAAGUACAGGGAUCUCAUCCUACCUUGUUUUGGGGGCUGGUGGGGUUUCUCUGGUGGGUGUCCCGGCCCUCUACCUGCUCCUGGGGAGGAGGCAUGGCGCGUAUGAACCGACCCGCCCCCGUGGAGGUGAGCUACAGGAACAUGCGCUUCCUCAUCACGCACAAUCCCACCAAUGCCACCCUCAGCACCUUCAUUGAGGACCUGAAGAAGUACGGGGCCACCACUGUGGUGCGCGUGUGUGAGGUGACCUAUGACAAGACCACACUGGAGAAGGAUGGCAUCACUGUGAUGGACUGGCCUUUCGACGACGGAGCGCCCCCGCCUGGCAAGGUUGUGGAGGACUGGCUCAGCCUGCUGAAGGCCAAGUUCCUGGACGACCCAGGCAGCUGUGUGGCCGUGCACUGCGUGGCCGGCCUGGGACGGGCUCCAGUUCUCGUGGCGGUGGCCCUCAUUGAGAGCGGGAUGAAGUACGAGGACGCCAUCCAGUUCAUCCGGCAGAAGCGCCGGGGGGCCAUCAACAGCAAACAGCUCACCUACCUGGAGAAAUACCGGCCCAAACAGAGACUGCGCUUCAAAGACCCCCACACGCACAAGACCAAAUGCUGCGUCAUGUAGCUCAGGACUCCGCGGCGGGGGCUCCUGUCCUGGCAGCCUCUGCCCGCCUUCCCCUCCUGUGCCUCAGCUGCCCGCGUCCGAGGAGCCCACGGGCCGUGUCCUUGCUCUGCCUGCCUGCCUGCCCCAGGCCCUCUGUGCCGGGGCCGACUCACAGGCUCGGCAGCCCCGUCCCUGGACUCCUGCCUGCACCCUCCUACACCCCACCUCAGGUCCCCUCUGCCCUGCCUUUUGUUGGGUGGAUGGAGUUUUGAACUAGUGGCCAGGCCUCUGCGGGGGCCUCACCUGUGCUCUGCACUUAAGUUAUUGGAUCCCGGGCGGUCAGGUGCUCUGGACACUCGAAGGCAAUAAAGAGCGAGCCGUG